UUGGGAGGGAGUAGAAGGGGGAGUUAGGUAAUGAUUUGUCAUCCCGAGAGCCCGGGACAGUAGUUGUCAAACCAACUCUGUUGGAAACCCUAGCUGUGAUUGACAGCAGGGUCGUGGGGCCCCUUCCGUCUCUGUUGACAGUAAUAAUGAGGAUUUGUCAAAGCCUAAUGGACAUGGAAAUGCCAGAUUACGCCGAGGCCCUCGACUCCUCGUACACCAUGUUGGAGUUCGAAAACCUGAGGGUGCUGCCCACAAACUCAUCAGAUGUCAUUGUUUCGGAGUCGGGCAACGCCGGCUUGAUGGUGAACGGCGUCAACUCGUUGUGCUCCAUUUGCGGAGACCGGGCGACGGGGAAGCAUUACGGGGCCUCCAGUUGCGACGGCUGCAAAGGGUUCUUCCGAAGGAGCGUCCGCAAGAACCACAUCUACUCGUGCAGGUUCAGCCGGCAGUGCGUCAUAGACAAAGACAAGAGGAACCAGUGUCGCUACUGCCGGUUGAAGAAAUGCUUCCGGGCAGGAAUGAAGAAAGAAGCUGUGCAGAACGAGCGCGACAGGAUCAGCAUCCGGAGAAGCAGCUACGAGGACAACGGGGCCCUCUCCAUCACCAUCCUGACCCAAGCGGAAGCGAUGGCACAGCAGUACUCAGCUCUCCGUCCCGUCCACAGCGCUGACAUUGCCAUGAAGAAGAUUGCCACCAUCAAUGAUGUGUGCGAGUCCAUGAAGCAGCAGCUCUUGAUUCUCGUCGAGUGGGCCAAAUAUAUCCCAGCAUUCUGUGAGCUUCCCUUGGAUGACCAGGUUGCUUUGCUGAGAGCCCACGCAGGAGAGCAUUUACUACUGGGAGUUGCAAAGAGGUCUCUACCAUACACCGAUUUUCUAUUAUUAGGGAAUGACUUCAUUAUCCCAAUGCAGUGCCCAGAACUAGAAAUCGCCCGUGUAGCUACCAGGAUCUUGGACGAACUGGUGAAACCUCUCCGAGAAAUCCAGAUUGACGAGAACGAAUAUGCUUGCCUCAAAGCCAUUGUCUUCUUUGACCCAGAUUGCAAGGGUCUGAGUGAGCCCAGCAAAGUGAAGAACAUGCGUUUCCAGGUCCAGGUGAACUUGGAAGACUACAUCAACGACCGGCAGUACGACUCCCGGGGCAGGUUCAGCGACAUCCUCCUCCUCUUGCCCCCCCUCCAGAGCAUCACUUGGCAGAUGAUCGAGCAAGUCCAGUUUGUCAAGCUCUUCGGAGUGGCGAGGAUCGACAGCUUGCUGCAGGAGAUGCUCCUGGGAGGAACAUCCAUGGACGUCUCGCAGUAUCAGUCGGGGCCUUCCAGCCUCAAUUUAGAACCUCUUCCAGGACACAUUGUGAUGCCCAGCAACAUUGGCUCUGUCAUCCACACCAUUUCAGUCUCUUCUCCGGAAACGUCCCUUCCGUCUCCUUCCACCAGCACAGGAAGCGAAGAUUACAAGCUCGGCCCAAACCCGGUAGCUGAAGUCUCGACGACGCUUUUGCCGCAGGCUGUUAUACCGAAGCAGGAAAUCCUAUGAAGAAGGAAGCUCAAACACCCCUCUUUGAGUUACCAUCAUAUCUCUUCAACUCAACCAACCUCCUUACCUUGAAGCCAAUUGUCUAUGAAACCCUUUUGUUUAACAAAAUGAGAAAUUUGGAUACUCUACUUUUCCCUCCAGUUUCACAACAUGUUUUUGCUUAAGUGAAAUUAUUAAUGUAUGCAUGCACUUUCACUGGGGUUAGGAACACAGUGAAGACCACGAAUAAAGAAAUUGCAAUGUU